GUAGGCCUACAGUAUCGGUCGCUGUACGGAGCGCGACUUCCCGUGACGGGUCUCGGUUGGGGGUGCAUUUCUGCAGGAUUAGCAACCAAUCUCGUCGAAAAUUGCAAAGUUUUGCACGUGCAGAAUAGUUUCAAGGACAAACUGCAAGCCUUUUCUAUUGCAUUGGAUCCAGAACCGUUGCAUUUUGGAGCGAGAGAAACUCCCUUUUUGAAACAGGUGUCUGUCCUCGACUCGUCAGCAACCAGGCACAAAUAUGCCACUACCAGGGAGGGCACGGCUUCCUAAGAUCACCCUGCCUGAAAACCCACCUGCCAGUCCACAGCCUCCUCGCCCUGAUUUGGAUUCCACAGCAACUUUGACGAUUGGGGAUAAGACAGUUGAGUGCGAUGCCACAGAUCUCGAGCCAAUCAAACUGUUGGGCCGCGGCGCAUAUGGCGUCGUGGAGGAGAUGCGUCAUAGACCUAGCAAUACCAUCCUAGCCGUUAAGCGUAUCAUGGCAACUGUAAAUAACCAAGAAACAAAGAGGCUGUUGAUGGAUUUGGAUGUGAACAUGCGCAGUGGCUCCUGUCCGUACACUGUGCACUUUUAUGGAGCGCUGUUCAGAGAUGGGGAUGUAUGGAUCUGCAUGGAAGUGAUGGAGACAUCACUGGACAAAUUCUACAAGAAAAUAUAUUCCAAUGGGGACAAAAUACCAGAAGAAGUCUUAGGCAAGAUAGCCUACUCAGUGGUGCAGGCCCUCCACUACCUGCACACAGAACUCAAAGUGAUUCAUCGAGAUGUCAAGCCAUCCAACAUCCUCAUCAACAUCAAGGGAAUGGUGAAAAUAUGUGACUUUGGCAUCAGUGGCUACUUGGUAGAUUCUAUAGCACGGACAAAGGAUGCUGGAUGUCGACCUUAUAUGGGUCCGGAGAGGAUAAACCCCGAACCCACGAAUCCUGACUAUGGUAUCAGGUCGGAUGUUUGGAGUCUUGGAAUUACAAUGAUUGAGAUUGCAACCGGCGUGUUCCCCUAUAGCAAGUGGAAGACUCCGUUUGAGCAGAUCAAGCAGGUGGUGAUGGAGGAUCCCCCCAAACUCCCCCCAGGACAGUUCACCCCUGAGUUCGAGGACAUUAUAGUCAAGUGCCUGAAGAAGGACUACAGGGAGCGGCCGAACUAUACGAUGCUUCUGGAUCACCCAUUCUGCGUCCGUGCCGCAACGAAGGAAGUGGAUAUGGCUGCCUAUGUUGGCUCAGUUAUAGAACGCUUCGGGGAUUUAAAUGAAAGUGUAAGAUAAACUGUAGCUUACCGUAUCGACAUCCGGAGCCAUUCCAUGCCAGCUGUGGUGGUAAACAGACCACAUAUCUAUUUAUUUGUAAGAUACUCUCCUCCCUUCGACAAGGUCGGUGAUGGCAUCAAGUCCUGUCACUGCGGUCACAUUGGUUGGAGUUAAGGACGUAUAUUGAAGUCGGGGAGAAGAAGAGAAUCAGGAUCAACCUUAAUAGUUUCAAUAUCAGCAAUUAAUUAGUUUCCCAUAUGCAAAAUUUGUACAUUUCAAUUAGGCCAGUAUUGGAGGGAGCUGGUGAGGUACACGAUGACCGUUUCAAGGUGGAACUAUUACGGAUGUAAUGAUGUUCUCAUUCAUGCCAGAGCGAUAGCUGAGUAGCAUGCUGGGUGUGAAACCAUCUCCACUUGGAUAAUCACAUAAUUAUUUAAUUGAAAGGUUAUGUAUCUUAACAAGGAGACAGAAUUGGACCCUAUACACAAUAUGGCGGUAUUAGUGCAGUGACAGUCCCCCGCAGACCUUCAUUAGUCUGUACAGACACAUUAAACAUUUCUCUCUUAAUAAUAGGGCUGAGAUUAAUGUUCGUGAUCAUAGGGCAUACUGAGUAAGUUUGAUUUCUACAAUCAUGGUUACGUUUCACAGUAAGUGUGCAGGCAGAUAGGGCCAUUGGAGAUAUUAUUCAAAAUGAGAUGUUUUAAUGUAGUGUGGUGUAUUCUCUGUACUAUACUUCUAUGGUACAUACUUCAAGUCUAGUUCAAGUUUAGAUGUGUUUCAUUACAACUGAAGUCACACUCACUUGUUUCAUCACCAACCCGAAAUUGUGAUAAUGUUGGACACACAAUAAAGAGAGAUAUGAUUUGGGAGCUAUUCUUGAAAUUAUUUCAUGAGUGAUUUAACACAGCAAUAAACAGGGGAGAUACUUUCAAUGGUAUGAAAAAUGUUCGAAAACCCCCAACUAUUUCUACUAAUUGGGAGGCUGGGGAAAAUUCAGUUGAUGAAGACAAGGGUUAUAAGAUGUGAUAUACUGUCAAAGCCAGUUGAUCAUCAGUUGCAAGGGACGGGCAAACCAAGUUAAGAAGCCCACCUGUUAACUUCAGAAUAAUAUCACAUCUGUGAUGGGGAACUUGUCUGAUGAUCAUUCAUGACCCCAUGGAAUUGAGAACCUGCUUCAGACUUAAAGAUAGCUUUGUACUUAAACAACCCUUUUCAUUUUGGGUUUACAGAAUUGAUUGACCUGAGCCAAAGGCAACAAUUAGAAAACAUUUUGAAUUAUAAAACAAAAUAGAUGUUUUUAGCUACUUCUGCAUCUUUGAAAAGAUGAAAUCCUACAAUUAUAAGCUUUCAAGUGUUUAUGUAGUAGUUAAUCGGAUACUUUGUAGAAAGUCUCUGGACUAAUACUGGAAGUAGUAUCAACCAAAGUUGCUAGCACUUUGUCAUCCUUCCUCCAGACUGGGAGAAUCCAACUUGCCUGUUUUCUUAAGUUGGUUUGCCUGUGCCAUUGAAAGGAAACCUAAGUGAAUCGUGUUUCAUGAAUUUAUGUUUCCAGUAAGAUACAGUAUCCUGCAUUACUGUGUAUGAUGUUGAAAGUGUCUUUCAUGUUGGUAUGGAUAAUUGAUUGUUGGAGAGUUACCUUAUACACUGUUGUUGGUAGAGUCUUCAACUCUAUAACACUGUUUACCUCCUCAACUUAGGAAGGAGUUAAUGUUUGUAUUAUUUGGUUUACAGAUAUGCCCCCGACCCCAACAAAAAUCAGAAUUGUGGAUUAAAAUUGGAAUUUUAGGAACAGUACAAAUUUCCUAUUGUCACAUUAAUUUUGAUAACUGAAAGUAGUUUAAUAUAGGAAUGAGUCAAACUCUUUGAUUGUCAUUCAAACAUCCCAUCACAGAUAUUGUAUAGCAAUUUUUGGUCUUAGUUUCUUCACCCUAAUGACCUUACUUUUAAGAUAUCACUUUAAAUAAUAGAAAAUGCCUAAGAUAAUGAAAACACUUUCACAAAGUUUUUAUUAUGUAUACCCUUAAAAAUCAAACUUUAGCAAAAUAUUUUGCAGAAGAUACCAAAAUUAAAGCUCUACUUAAAAGAUGAAAUGUACAAUUAUGUUAGCAAUUGAAUUCUAAGGUAUCUUUUUCAUGCCAUAUAGUUAGGUGAUAUUUUGAGUGUAAGUACUGACAGAGUGUUUAUGCCAGAAUUGUGUAUUUUCUUGGUUUACAUGGACAUGAUGUAUAUCAAUGGACGAUACCUGUGAUUACUUUUUCAGGAAAAGAGGCUGAUGAAAUGAAUUCCUCUAAAUUUUGAACUUUUUAAAUAUAUGUUUUAAAGCUGAUUCUGUUCCUUCUACAAGGAAAUAGAGGCAUGGCAUCACAUACUUCUCCUGACAUGUAUCUUAGUAGAUGAUUUCUUUUGCUCAUGAUAGAAGGGGCACAGGUUGUACAAAGUUGACAUUUUCAGAUGAGGUACUGUGUUUCAUGGAUCAGAGAAUAUGUACAUCAGUAACAGCCCUAUUCCUUUCAUUGUCCAUGUCUAAAAUUGAUUAUUUCUCAGCUGAUUGGUUGGCAUGAAAUGUACAUGGCACUGGCUUCCUUCAUAUGGUGGUGGAAUAUAUAACUAUAUGUAACAAACACUUACAGAUUCAUGUCUUACCCCGAUAGUCGACAUUGUAAAGCAGUUGGGGUGGUUGUUGGCACUGGUGCCUCUGCAUCUGGAAGUUCUAUACCAUAACUGGUCUCCAGUCAAAUUUAGUCGCAAGGCAGAAUCUCUAACUUAUGUGUCGUCUCUUAGCAGACAGUAUUACCAUGGACCAAGGCUUUGAUAUUUAUAUCUGGAAUCGGCAGGACCGAUUUGCUUUACAAUACUUCCUUCGGUCAUGUAUUUGUACACGAGACGUGGUGUGGUCACAUCACGUCUUAUGGGUAAUGUAAUCUUCGUAUGAAUGAGGACAGGGUUGACUCAUGGAUGUCAACUUCUUUAUUUUUGUCAGUGCGACAUUUCAGUACUUUCCUUGAACCUUUAUCAAGCAUUUGUCAACCCGGUCUUCAUUGUGACAACUUUGAGAGUAUUGAAUGGAGUUGCCUUGUUGUAAUAGGUUCCCUCAUCACGCACAGGAUCUGGUGUCCAUUAGACAUCAUGGGUACAGUCUGUGUAGCCCAUUCUUGGAGACGCUAGUAAGAAUAUAAGGCUUCAGAGCAAUUAUAUAAACCAAUCUCCCUGGUGAUAAAGGUGGGAUUAUUUUUCCUAUAGCCUGCAUAUCAUUGUUCGAGCAAGUGCUAAGAAAAGCAACCAUUUCAUCCUUUCCACUCCGUUAUAUUAUUGCAAAUGCUCAGUUGAGUUGACUCAGAAAGGGAGGGAUGUCCAACAAUCGGGGUGUCCCAAUCUCCCAUGUUAGAGGCAGGGGAUGAGACCUGGUGCUAACAACCACCUCCGACGGAAUGUGGAUCAGUGGUCCGAGCAAACACUCUGAGGAUGUUACUGUGUAUGAGUUGUCUCCCUUCAAAAUGUGCCAAAGAUGUGUAGAUUACACUGAAACACUGACUGCGAUUUUGAAAAUAUGUACAUAUUAUUGAAGUGAGGACAGAUGGAUUGUAGCAGUGUACACUGGUCCUUGUAUGCUGUUGGUUGUACAUAGAGUGUGUGUAGACUCAGAAAUGUUAGCUGCUGCCAAAAGUUGUGGUAUAUAUUCAGACUGAGAGUGAUGGAGUAUGCAUGGAUGUGAGAAAGGGACGGUCACACAUUAACUGUUAUCUAUGCCAUAAUUUAUGAAAACAGAACAAGUGUAAAUAAAUAUACCUCAAAAGAUUUUAACUUGUUUUUAGUGCUCCAUAGCAAAGAUUUUAUUGUAUCUAUACCAAGGUUAUUGAUCAGUGAACAUCCUAUGAUCUACAGAAGCUAACAUUGUGUCAAGAUUAUGAAAUUAUUUCUGUUGUCAUGGGCUGUGGUCCAUCGGUGCAGAGUGCAGCUGAAGGACAUGUUAGUAUUCAGGCAAUAGCAUUCACUUAAGAGCAAAAAUGUUACUUUGUUUUAAACUUUUAUCUGUACAGUCUCAAUUGAGGAUUCAUUGUCAGGAAUAUGUACAGAAAUUUCUGAAAAUAAAAAUACUAUAUAUCUGCAA